AUGGCGGAGACGCUCGACAUGACCCUCGACGACAUCAUCAAGAACAACAAGAAGAGUAACUCCUCCUCCGGUGGGGGCCGCCGCAGCCGCGGCGGAUCCGCCCCUGGCGGCGGCGGCAGCGGCGGCGGCGGGGUCGGGCCGACCAGGCGCCCCUUCAAGAGGUCCGGGAACAGGCAGGCGCCCUACCAGCCGCCGAAGGCCCCCGACGCUGCGUGGCAGCACGACAUGUACCCUGCGGUCACCGCAGGAGGAGGCGGCGGCGGGAGGGUCUCGGGUCUCGAGACCGGCACCAAGCUCUACAUCUCCAACCUGGACUUUGGAGUUUCGAACGAGGAUAUCAAGGAGCUAUUCUCUGAGCUAGGUGAUCUAAAGCGCUACUCGAUAAUUUAUGAUCGAAGUGGGAGGUCUAAGGGUACAGCGGAAGUUGUAUUCGCAAGGCGUUCUGAUGCUGUAGCGGCGGUUAAGAAAUAUAACAAUGUCCAACUUGAUGGUAAGCCCAUGAAGAUAGAGAUAGUUGGGACCAAUACUCCAACUGCAGCUGCUGCUCUUCCCGUCUCUAAUGGUGGCCAUGCUAGGAAUGCUGCGAGGAGUGCACCGAGGGGUGCCGCCCCAGCAGGUAUGCUGCAGCGUAGACCCCAUCAGAGGGGUGGGAGGCGUGGUGGUGGAUCUGGUGGUGGUCGUCGUGGCAAAGAGCGCAGCAAGCCAAAGUCGGCUGAAGAACUCGAUGCUGACUUGGAGAAACGUUUCUCUGCUGUAGUCCGGUUCAUGUUCCAGCCAUCUAAGUACGAGGUGGCUGUUGCAUAUUGUGAAACAUCGUGA